AUGGGGUUUGGAUUUGAUGUAUUUGUGCAAAAUGCAUUGGUUUAUAUGUAUUUCCAGUGCGGGGUUAUUGAGUUUGCACAGAAGGUAUUUGAAUAUAUGCCUGACUCAGUUCGAGAUGUUGUCACUUGGAAUAGUAUGAUUUCUGGGUAUUUACAAUGUGGGUUUUGUCAUCAAGCAGUGAAAAUGUUUGGAAAAUUGUUGCUCAGAAGUGGUGUGAGGUUGAAUGAUGUAAGUAUCGUGAGUGCUCUUACAGCGUGUGCAAGAACUGGGUUGCUUGAUUUGGGGAAGAAGAUUCAUGGGUUGAUUGUUGUUUAUGGGCUUGUGAUUGAUGUCUUUCUGGGUUCUUCUUUAGUUGACAUGUACACAAAAUGUGGGCGGUUAGAGGAUGCUAGAAAGGUUUUUGAUAGAUUGUUAGAUAAAAAUGCAGUCUGUUGGACUUCUAUGAUUGCAGGUUAUUUGCAAUCGGACAUGUUUAAGGAAGCAAUAGAGCUAUUUAGGGAGAUGCAGAUGGCUGGGGUUAAGGCCGAACCUGCCACAAUUGCUUGUGUUGCUUCUGCAUGUGGGCAUUUGGGUGCACUAGUUUUGGGAAGGUGGGUGCAUAAUUAUUGUGAAAAGAGUGGUAUUGAAAUGAACCUUGUAGUGAAGAAUUCUUUGAUUGAUAUGUACUCUAAAUGUGGAUUAGUUGAUAAGGCUCUUGAAGUUUUUUAUUUGUUAAGUAAUAAGGAUGUUUAUUCGUGGAGUAUGAUGAUUUCUGGGCUAGCUAUGAAUGCAAGAUCCGAUGAGGCUUUGCAAUUAUUUUCACUAAUGGAAGGAUCAAGUGGAGUAAGGCCAAAUGGCGUAACAUUUCUUGGGAUCUUAUCUGCCUGUAGUCAUGGUGGGUGUGUUGGUGACGGGUUUUACUACUUUGAGAAGAUGACCGGGCAAUACAAAUUGUCCCCCGGGGUUGAGCACUAUGGCUGCCUGGUUGAUCUUUUGGGCCGUGCAAAUCUUGUUGUUGAGGCUAUGGAGUUCAUCCGUUAUAUGCCCACUCAGCCAGAUGCUAUCAUUUGGCGAUCCUUGCUUUUCGCGGGUAGUAGACACGGAAAUGUAGAGUUGGCGGAAGUUGCUGCCAAAAAGAUUAGUGAAUUGGAGCCAGAGAAAUGUGGGGCACAUGUGCUGCUGUCUAAUGCUUAUGCCUCUGCAUCUAGGUGGAAGGAUGUGAGAAUGGUAAGGAGGAAUAUGGGUGCUGAGGGAAUCCAGAAGCAACCUGGAUGUUCUUUUAUUGAAAUAGAUGGUUCUGUUCAUGAAUUUCUUGUUGCUGAUAGCGUACACUGUCAGAUUGAUGUCAUAUGCAAUACACUUCAAGCAAUGAAUGUAGUUCUUAAAUCAAGAGUAUUUGAGCUUGAUUUUCUGGAUUACUAG